AUGGAACUCCCGCUCGAAAUCCGUCUGAUGAUCUACAAGCUCCUGCUUGAAGAGACUUCCACUGCUCUUACUCUCCUCACCCAAGGUAGUUCAGAGCAGGAGGUAGUUCGUCGUGGUUGCCUCAAGAAACAACAACCCCGCAGAACAGGAAGACAGAUCCUCUUGAAGACGGUCUACAAAGCCAACGAUGAGACCAUCACACACCUGCAACCAGUCAUCUUGCGUGUGUCCAAGUCCAUCUACGACGAAGCAAUCUCCAUUCUCUACCGUCAAACUCUCGAGUUCGAGCACCCCAUUACUCUGCAGAAGUUCCUCUUCGCCAUCGGUCCUGAGAACCGUCUCUUGCUGCAGCACAUUGUCCUGCGUGGCUGGCAGGAUGACGAGUUUCUCGUCUGGCAGCAAGCAUUGGCAUCUGCUUUCGACAGACUCAUGACUGCUCAGAACCUCAGAAGCAUCACUAUGGACCGUCACAUCUACUCAAGCAGCGACAGACCCAAGAUUUUGUGGGACAAGUGGAAGUUGGUCCCAGUCAAUCACUUCAAUGUGCGCGCCGAGUACUGGGCUCAAUUCAUCGACGCCGCCAAGGGCAAGGGAACCGCCAAAUCCCUCCUGACGUUCACUGAGCGCAACUUUGGCUCGGAGGACGACAUCGCUCAAGGUGCCCAGGACUAUCUGGACCGCAAGAAGUUGUUCAUGGACAACAUGAAGCUCGGUUGA